CCCAAUGCAUUGGAUCAUUGCCACAUCAGACCUCGAGGAGAGUAGACGCGUUUCACUUUAUUCGCUCAGCUCAGUCGAGAUCUCGUGCUUAUAAGCCAAUUAUAAUUACCUUGUAAAAAUCAUUGUGCAAUUUCAUUUUGAAUUUUCAACAACACACGGGCUUCAGGACAAGUGUCUUAUUGACGACUUUUGAAUCAGUGAAUUAUCGUGAUUCUUGGUGAUUCUUGGUGGUUUGGACUCAGAGACUAGAGUGAUUUUCAACUAAGAGUGAUUGUUCAGAGGUGAUAAUCCUCAUUCGAGCGUUGGUAGUUUUUAUUUUUACGGGGUUUAUCGCGUGAUACGCGAUUCUAGAGACUUAUGGAAAUUGAUCCAUUUGAAGAUCCACCCUAUCGGCGCUUUAGACGGCGUCUUUAAUGAGGCGAAUUAUUUUUUUAUUCAGUUGUUGAUAAUCAUUUGCUCAGAGGACACGUGUUCAGAUUGACGUGAGGCGCGUGCAUUUUUCUGAGUAAUUUCACCACGUGUGCUGCCUCAGUGAUAAUCAAGUUUUUUUUUCAUUCAUCGAAUUAUGCUAAUAUUCUGUGAAAUCGUGAGAGUGGUUUUUUGCAGAAAGACUAUUGGUUGACGAACUUGAGAACUUUGGAGAUUUUUCAGGUGGAGAGUGUGAGUGAAAGACUUUUUGGGGGUAAUAUCAUUUUUCGAUACGAUGGCUAUUCCAUUUGCUCUGCCCUCCGAGGAUGAGGCUGAGACGCAGGGCCAACAGUUGGAGCAGCUGAUGCUCGAUCUUUACGCAGCCCUGCAACAGGUACUUCGGAGCAGAAGUGUUCAGCAUCCGUCUCGCAAUCAUCGUCUGCCAAGACGACCAACGGAUGUUCCAGGAUCCCGUGACCAUCCGGUCAUCCUGAUCGACUCAGAUCUCUCGCGACUUCCUCUCCCUGAUCUUGUGCUUUCGGCAGUGGAGCAAUUGCCACCACCUGAACCCCAGGUGACCGUUUCAGCACCUAGCAGUCCUACCCGAGAUGCUGCAUUCCAAUUCCCUGAAUGCAGUGUACCAAUCCCGAGUCCCCGGCCACGACCACGAAGACGAAGACUGACCUCUGAGAGCUCAGUCCUGGAGAAAGAGAACAGUAGGAAUGAAAAUGCUAUCUGCAGUGGCUGUUGUGGUCACAUCAGGGACUCAUUGAAUGAACGAGAAUGGGCCAGUGUGGGAGCCAAUCUGAGAAAUAUCGCUGAUGACUUUCAUGCAUCCAAGACCAAGGACGCUGAGAUUGAAAAAUCGAGACUGCCAUGUAUCGGCACGAGUUUUCCCCCUGUGCCGGCAUCAACGACCUCAUCAUCACCGGACAGUUUGCUGUCACUUCUGAUUCCAGCUCCUCUUCGGGAGACUCUGUGGACGACAGUGGCGUUGUAUCUAGGAUGGCGACUGGUUUCUCGUCUCCGAUAGAGACGAAUCAGACGUCCAAGUAGGCGACGCUGAUGGCCCGACUGAACCAUCCAAGUGAGGUAGUUGACCGAUUAUAUCGAAAUCAGGGGGAGAAUGGGGGUACGUCGAGGAGUCUCGCGUUUGCACUUCUUAAUAUUGAAAAAAAAAACAACUCGAGACUGCGCACUCGUUCCCAAGAGCGAUCGAGAUAAGUCGCGGAGCCACGAGGAGAGAACAAUUUUCGUACGAUACAAGAAAAAAAAAAUCAUUAAAUGGAGAAUGGAGAGGGGGCGGGGGAGCUAAGGACGAGAUCCAAAGAGGACUUAACCGAAUAAUCAAACGAUGAUCUCAUUACGAAUAAAUGAAGGAGAGGAGUCUAUAGAGUAGUGUGAUUUUGUUUUUUUUUUAAUCAUUAAAUAGGAGAAAGUAAAUUUUUGUGAUUCUUCAAUUGAGAAUGUGGAGUUUUCAUGCUGCUCGAUACUGAUACAGAUUUCAUCAUUUCCUCGUGAAAUAAAUUAAAGAUAGAGUUCUGUAAAUAGCUGAGCAGAUCUGUAAAUAUGUGAGUUAUUAAGUCGAUUGUAUUCCAAAAAAUUGAGUAAUGAAAAAAGGAAAAAAAAAAUGAGAAAAAAAUUGUGAGGAGAUUAUGGCGGAUAAGUGGAGGAUUUUAGGGGUUCGAGAAGAAUGUGUAUAGCUAAAAGUUAGAGGGGAAAAAAAUGAAACCCACGAAACAAUGAAAAAAUGAUACUAAAGUAAUAAAUCAGUAAUAAGUCGAAUUUAAAUAAUUAAAGUAGAUAAUUUGAUAUAGAAUUCGAGGAUCGCAGCAAUGAAUUGGCUCGCUGCGAUGCCCGUGGACAGUUUUCAAAUGAUCUCCGGUAGCUUAGCUCUUAUUGUGGCGCCCUCGUCCACGUGUGGGACGCCCUCGUAGUUGUCUUUAUCAGAGGCGUUCCCCAGGUUUUUCUUCUUUUUUCUCUUUCUCACUCUUCUGUAUACUCAGUUUCUUCUACAACUUUCCCCCUCUCUCUUUCUCUUUAAUUGCUGAUUAUUGCGUUCCAAUUAAUUUAUAAUGAAAAAUAGAAAAUAUAUUUAAAAAAUAAUCAUUGAGAAGAGUGAUCACUAUUCACUCGAUUAUCCGACAAUUUUAUUAUGAUUAUGAGAGUAAAGUAAUAUAAUUAUUUUUUAUUUUUUAAGUUUUAAGAUUGGAUUUUUCUCUCUUCUCAACUGUGAUUUCGCGUCCCAACUUCUCAGACCCUUGAUUUUUAUUAUUUUUUCAUCGUGGAUUCUUGUUGAAGCCAGACCAAAACUGCAUUACCGCGGCAUAAUUCUGUCGCCUUCUGUCUUUUUUAUAUCUUUUUUAUAUAUCUAUAUGCAUUUAUUUUUUGUUCGUUUUUUUUUAUAUUGAAAACACGUAUCAUAAACCCUAGUACAUAUUUCCAGUAUAAAGAGAACAAUAGUAUUUAUUUAGAUGAGGUGAAAAAUACAAUUUUCUCCGUACAGAAAUGAGUUUCAAUCCCGGUUACUUCCCCUUUGUCUGUAAACUGCCAUUUGUUCUAUUGAGAAUUUUGAGAAUUUUUGUCAAUAUUGUACAUGAUGCCAUGAUUUUUCAACGCAUUUCAUUGUCUUUUUAAACUACAUUUCUCAUGAUCUCGAAUUUGUAGUAUAGAAAAAUCUUAUUGUCGUACGCUAACAGCAAUAGUGUGCCGAGUUUGAUGCUGAACACAAUAACUUUUUGAAAAUUUUCCCGUGUUGAGAGACAGUUUUUAAUGCCAAACGAGAGUGUUAACGUAGGCCCUCAAACGUGGUAAAAGGGAAGCUGCACAAUUUUUUCUACAAGUUUGAAGAGCAAUUUCUUGAAAAAAAAAGUUUCUCAACACUAUAAUCAGAAGGAUUUAUAACCCCAAAUCUUUGAAAGAAAUUAUAUAAAAAUAAUGACAUUACGUUUCACAACGCAUCGUUUUGAUGAUAAAAUUAUUCAAAAUUAUGCAGUUCCCUUAUUAUACUGAAGCAAGUUUUAAGAUGCAUGUACAUAGCUUUUUAUAAAAAAAAAACGAUGCUAGUGGUUUUGUAGUUGAAUUCUCCGGACUAUUUCCCUCCUCUUUUGUUUGUUAUAAUUUUCCGCUUUAUUGUAACUCUAGCCAGAAUCAAACCUUUGUAGAAGCAUUUUUAGUGGUUAGUCAGCCAUAUUUCGAAACGUAAUACUAAUGACUAUAAAACCAGAUGAAACAUUAAAAACAAAUAUACAUAUUGGAAGCGAAAAAGACCCAUAUAUUAUACAUACGCAUAAAAUAAAUAUAUGUAUACAUCGUGUAUAUUUUAUCGUAAAACCGUAUAUGUGAUCAUAUACUGGAUUGUUUUGCGCAUGAGAUGAAUAUUAAAUAAUUAACGAUAAUUUUUUGGUGGAUGAUUGGAGAGACAAAAGUAUGAGAUUUGUCGGUGAUGAGAAAGUAAUUAUUUGUGAGCAGGCCAAAGGGCGGAUGUUUUUCGUUGUUUUGGAAAAGCACGAAAUUGGCUCGCUAAUGAGAGUUAACAAAAAAAAAAAAUAUUUAAAUAAAGAGAAAAUUAAUAAGAGCGUCAAGGUGGAGAAGGUGGGACAUAAGCUGUAACUGUGACUAUGCGGAUCGUGGGGAGCAGGCUGUGUAAAAUGUUUUUUUGAAAAUCCAGCAAAUAAAAAAUACAAUUUCUUCAUGAUUAGUGAUUUAUUCAAAAUAAUUGAUGAUACAGCCCGCUCGCUCCAGAUCCCCGCGCGUCAAAGCGUCACUGUGAUCUCGUAAUUAAUAAUGAAUAUCUAAUUAUAGUGAAACAAAAAUAACCA